AUGGCAGACGGACUAAACCAAGCCCGCGCAAUGCGCGUCGCAGAGAUAAUAAACGACUACCGCACCCUCCUCCUCCACAUCUCCCAACAACACGUCGAACCCUCCCAAUCAGACUACUGGGACGAAGGCUUCGUCGUCCUCCGCGAAUCUCUAGCUUCCGCUCAAACCCUAAUGUCAGCCAACUACCAACCCUGUCCCGUAACCGGACAAGGGAAUGUGGAGACCGAAAAAGCCGAAUUACAAAGAGUCAUACUAGACAGCAGCGCCCGCCGCUUCCAAGCACACAAGAUUUACCUCCGCGCCGCGGCAGCCCGCCGCUGGACCAUGACGCGUGCCGGUGCGCCGAAGAAUGCGACAGCCGCGCUGCACGAGGAGCUCUCGCGCAUCACGGACCAGCAUGUUCUUGCUGAUUUGCGGGCUGCGGAUCUCCGGGCUGGACAUUGGGUUGAGGAUGAUCCUUCUUUGGAGGCUAUUCGGGCUUGGAUUGCGGGGUGUUGA